CCACCACCAGCGGCACCACAGCGCCAAGUCGCAUCUGCCAGGGCCCCUCCCAAUCAAGCAGCCAUCUAGAGCUCACGCAGGACGCGCAAGGCUCUCAAGGUACAUCCUGUGGAGUGUGUCACGUCCUCUACUGUCGUUGCGCAGAGAACACAUAGUCCAGCGCAAGGCACAAGUCACACAGUCAUCGACCUCCCUAAUUCACUCUUGUCAGCAUUGUCAGAGUCCAACAAGAGACGCCAUUCUGCCAUGGGCAACACGGCAUCGUCCAGUGCAGGGGAGCCAUCACAAUCUAGGCGUCGGCGCAGCAGUAGACUAAGCGAGUUGUCUGGUCGGCACAAUGCAGACCUCGUCAUGACAGGCAGUACAUCAGCGCAAGCCUCCAUUGCGCAAGGAACGCCUCCAAAGGAUACGAUGGAGUUGGAUGCAGCGUGUGGAUCAACAGCGAUCGAGAGCUUUGAGCGCACCACAGCAUCGCGUGGAAGUGCACAGCGGAAAACAGAUUCGCGAGUCAACAGGCUUCGAAAUCGUCUCUCUAGCUUUGCAAACCCAUUCAAGUCGGGUAGCAAGUCAAGGGCAUCGACAUCGCAUGCGCAUCCGUCUGGAGGUGAAUCUGUCACAUCACAGGCGCAUUCGCCACCUCGUGAAACAAGGGAUGAUAUGGCUAUACCGAUUGGUGAUCUGCAUAUGCGCCAGCCUGUGCCUGACUUGAGUCAUUACAUCGGUGCAGAUGGUCUUCAGAGAGAUACACCGCUCACUGAUUUCAAUGACGAGACUUACGACACUGCUAUGACUUCUGCAUCGGCAAUCAUUCCACUUGCGGACGAGGAGUCCAAUGAACCUACAGAACAUACAGAAGAAUCUCAGCCUGUUCUUGUACACCACACCCCAGAGCUCUCACGGAUACCAAGCGAAAGCAGCAGUAUCUACUCAGAUCGACGCACGCGGCCAACAGAAGCGCAUGCUAUAGCGUUGGCUAAUGCACGAAAUGCCUCUUCAGAGAACUCAGAAUCGGCUGGCUUAUGGAACAGGUAUGGCACAAGCAACCUAUCCGGUCAUCUUGGGCCAGCUACACGCUCUCGCUCCAACCUGGACGCUGCACAAAGGCAGCCUCAAAGUGACUCACGUCCACUUCGUCGCGCAACCUCUCAGUCGCAUCUGAAUGCUGAGCAACAGCAAUCUGGAGAUUCCGCGGACAAUCUGAGUGCACUGUUGCAAGACAGAGCGCAGUCCGACACGGCUUUGCCCAACACGGGAACACCACGAUACUAUGUGCGCUCAUCAUCCUCUUCACGGCCUCCAUCGCCCAUGCCCUCCAAUCUGCCAGAAUCUCCCAGAUCCAUGUCACGUUUGCGAGCUCGUCUUAACGGCCGACAUGGUAGUGCUGACUCUACUGGACGGCCCUCUACGCAGCGAUCGCAUUCGUCACCCAAUACUUCGCAAAGACCAGCCGCGUCGCGUGCACCACACUCUGCGGGCGAAGCGCGUCGACUCAAUGGUUCUGGUCAAUCACCAGGUGAAGUCGUGUCUGCACUACCGGGCGAGGAUCAGGCUGGUAUGCUAUCAAGAUUACUUAGUGUUGCUGCGGCUGCAACGGCUGCAUCGCUCGUUGGACGUGACCAGACUGGCGCUCUUCGACGUGGUCGCGAUUUAGCUGCUCAGCAUACACCUGCAACGCCAUCGACUUUACAGGAGACGACGACAGCAGAUCAACCUGCCGUUACUGAUACAGAAUCAUCGAGUCAGGGAGAUCUUGUGGAUGGUAGCUUCGACGGUUUCCUCGCAGCCUUGCAAUCAGGUCAGUUGGCACAAGCCUUGCGCAACGGAGGCAAUAUUCUGGGUGGCGGUGAGCCAGAGGAAGGAUCCCAGCAACCACUCAACUUUUUCCGCAUGUUUCGUUUCAACAGUGCAGUGAGCAUUCAUGGCGCACCGGCGGCGACGGAAGGUGAGGGAAGAAUGGUACCCAUUAUCAUUGUUGGGAUUCGCAGUGUUCCGCCAAGAGAAGAUGGAUCACCGGGAGAUCCACAGGUGCCACCUUUCUUGGAGACAUUGGGACAGAUGCAACCGCCUGCGUAUCGACCUCCUACUACGCGUUCGCAUACUCAAGAGUCGCAAGCCGGACUGGUUUCUGGUACUGCAUCGCAAGGUGUGACCACAAGUGAGGAGAUUACAGAACGAGCGGAAGGAGAGGAAGAUGUGACCAUGACUGAGGAUGUUGUGGCUUCUGAAGUGGAGCAAGAGCAAGGUCAGGCAGCAGACGAACCUGAAGUCACAUCCGAAGCACCUAUUCGUUCGCGGCAAGAAGCAACUACCACCAAUACUACCCCUCAGCAGGAGGAACGAACAGGUCUCUUGGACUCAGUCUUGGAUCGACUACGUUCAUUUGGUGGUGAUAAUGCUGCAGCCUCUCAGCCAGAUCCUGCCAGCGAAAUUGCGUCACGCGCUUCUCGAGUUUCAGCAAACCUUCAGCGACGACGACGGCGAUCACAAUGGCGACCCUUCUCGUCUGGUGAACCAACUCCGUCCGAGGUUCGACCAGAGCAGAGUACUGCUGCUGAGAACAAUGGUGCUGCACAAACGCGAUCGUGGAUUAUUUAUGUGCUUGGUGGGACCUACCCAGAGAAUCACCCGCUGUUGACAACACCCAGCCUGUUCACCGACUCGCCGACUUACGAAGAUAUGAUGCUGCUAGGCAACUUGAUUGGUCCUGCAAAACCAGAAACAGCAGCAGAAGAGGAUAUUGAACGGGCUGGUCCCACGCACGACUUGGAUGAGAUGAGCGCAGAGUUGGAGAAUCGAUGUUUGAUUUGUCUGUCUGACUUUGAAGCAGGCGAGACGUGCAGAAGUUUGUCAAAAUGUUCGCAUGUGUUUCAUCGGGAGUGUAUUGAUACGUGGUUGACCACGGGCAGGAAUAGUUGUCCCUUGUGCAGGAGUGCGACAGAGGCGAAGAAUGCGCCCAUGGCCGGGAUGCCUGUGCCUUCAGAGGCCGCUGCACCUGUUGCGCCUGGCCCAGUAACGGAAGGUGUGCCUGCUGUGGCUGCAGCAGUGAAUGUGGAAGCUGCUUGAGUGCUGUGCCUCUGCACUUGUUUGUUGAAGUAGCAGGCUGUUCAAUACGCCAUAGCCUUUGUCCGUUUCCCA